ACAGGCACGGCAUGUGUGCCUGCAUGUGGCUGUAGCAUUGGGGUCGUCACCGAGCCAGUGUGGAUGGGGCAACUGGGAGCCGUGGCGGGGUUCAGUGCGUCUGACUGCUUCGCCCAAGCAUGCUCCAGCGCGGUCGUCGCAGGCUGCAUCGCCACCUCGUGCGCUGGGGUAACACUCUUCACUCGUCACCACCAUCGCUGGCGGCCGGGGGGGGGGACAACUCUUUGGAGCCCCAUUUGUUUGUCGCCAACGAGCGCUCGGACCAAGUGGACCCGCAUCUGCAGAGAUCACGAAGCUACGCACUUGAAUGCAUCUGGACUUCUCGGGGUUCUUUCUUGUCGGCGGUUGUCAACGACAUCAUGCGCGUCCAACAUGUCCGAGUCGUUCAGUGGACGCGCCUGGAUUCUUCGGGGAACAGGGAGGGGCGGCAGGAGGCGACGCCGAGAGCCGGGGACGGAAGGGGGGGUGGGGAGCGUGUAAGGAAGGGCAUGAGGUGUGAAGAGGAGACGGAGGAGGAACGCCCCUCGGCGAUGGCCUCGCACCAAGACCGCAGCGGACGAUCCUGAGCCGAUCUACUGUCCUCUGCAGUCCACCGUAACGGGCAGCGUGAGAGCUGGCGGCGCACGUCAUCGCAGAGCCGCCAGGACCUUCCCCACCUUGAGGUACAGGACAAAGCAGUUGGUGAUGAAGAGAACGACCACGAUGGCAACCAACAUCGCCUGGUUCACCUGCAUGCUGCGGCCCAGGGUGGUCAGCACUCUCUUGGAGAGGUCCAGGUUGCCGUCCACAUCGUGAAGGUGGGCCUUCGUUCGGUAGAUGGUCUCCCGCUGCGACUGGAGGUCGGACAUGAUGUCGAGGCCGAUCUCCUCGGCCUCGAGCGCCGUCCUCUUCGUGUCCUCCAGGCGCCGUGACGCUCCCCUCAGCCGGUUGUGCGUGUCCUGCAGCGUCUUGUCCUCCAUCUCGCGGCCGCUGCCGCCCGCCCCGAGCAGGCCCUCGCGCUGCAGCGCCGACUCCGCGUCGCGCAGCUGCCUCCUGGCCGAGGCAAGCUCGCCGCGGUAGCCCCUGAUCUUCGGCGCGAUGGAGGCGGAGAGGGCCCCCAGGGACUUUGCCUCCAGCUCCAUCUGCUGCAACGCCUGGUCCGCCUUCCGCUCCGCCUCGGCAGCCUCCCGCAGCGCCGACGCCCGCGACCGGGGGGGCACCGUGCUCGCCAGCGCGGCGGCGGCACGCUCCUGCGCCUUGGCCCUGAGCCGCAGGAAGUCGGCCUCGUAGGACUCGAACACCUCCGACGUGCCGACGACGGGCGCAAAACUCCGGGCCAUGGCCCCGCGCCGGGGCGCGGGGCCGCCGCGCCCACAGAGCUGGGAGUAGGAGGAGCAGGAGGAGAGUUGGUGGAGGAGGAGGAGCGGCGAGGGCGCGGCCCCGCGGAGGCGCUGGCUGCCGCUCGCAGCCGAGGCGGCU